AUGGCAGGACGAGUUCGCCAACCUAUUGAUUUGGAUGCUUUCCAGAAGUAUUUGGAGACAAAUGUGCCUCAAAUAAAAACACCCAUUCAACUUCGCCAGUUCAAACUCGGCCAAUCCAACCCGACUUAUCAGGUUAUUGCCGCUGAUGGCUCCAAAUGCGUUUUGCGCAAGAGACCCCCAGGCAAACUAAUUUCCAAGCACUCUCACCGAGUAGAGCGGGAAUACCAAGUUCUUCGCGCUCUGGAGAGGACCGAUAUUCCGGCCCCCAGGACAAUCGCACUCUGCAUGGAUGACAGCAUCAUUGGUACCCCAUUUUAUCUGAUGGAGUUUGUUGAAGGUCGCAUCUUUGAAGACAUCACCAUGGGCGAUGUGAGUCCUGAAGAGCGAAACGAUUUAUGGAAAGCAGCCGUGCAGGCCAUGGCCGAACUACACUCUGUUGACCCAGCAGACAUUUGCCUCGAAAACUACGGAGGCAAGACAUCUGGCUUCUACAACCGCCAAGUGCGCACCUGGGAGGCCAUUUCUAGAAGUCAAGCAAAGGUACUCGACACAAAGACAAACACGCCUGUAGGCCAGCUGCCGUACUUUGACGAAACCGUUUCCUUCUUUAAGCGAGAGGGUGGGCAGCCAACGGAGAGACUCUCGUUGGUUCACGGCGACUUUAAGCUGGAUAACCUCGUUUUCCAUCCCACUGAGCCCAGAGUCAUAGCCAUUUUAGAUUGGGAGUCGUCCACUAUUGGCCACCCACUAUCGGAUGUCUGCCAGCUAGCUGUGGCAUUCUACGUUGCCACUAGACCAGAGACGUGCCCCUACGACAUGUCGUGCAUGCUUCCAGGCCGUACACCGGGUAUGCCUCAGCCACCGCAGCUUCUGUCGUGGUACGCCGAGUCGUGCGAGUACAACCCAGCGCCAGACAUGAACUGGGGCAUGGCGUUCAACAUCUUCAAGUCAGCCGUCAUCUGUCACGGCGUGGCAGCGAGAAUGGCCAACGAACAGAACAAAAACAGUGAUGCACGCUAUUAUGCGGCUGUGAAGGGGCCUCUAGCCGAGUUGGCGUGGACUUUGACGCGUGAAGCGCAUGUGCCCCGGGCCAUGCUAUAG